UAUCAGCACAAAUAAGAAUUAGUAGCAAAUCAGUAAACUUUAUUCAUAUCCUUUAUUCUUUUAUUUCAGCUUGAAACACAUUACAGUCGCUAGAACCUUAAUGGUCAUAACUGGACUCUGGAAAUUUGAGAAAGGAUCAUUAAGCAAACGGCGACAUUUAUGCUAUAAAGCGUAUUCUUUAUUUAUGCAAUUAUACUUUACCUGCUUUAUAGUAUGUCUUGUUAUGGGAUUGAGAGAUGCAAUACAGCCAGUCGAAAAAAUAGACGCAUUGGGAAUCAUAUUGUUCUGUGUGGUCAUGUUUAUAAAAGUAAUCAUUUGCCAAAGAGAGAAUAUAGCUCAAAUAUUGACCCACAUUGUAAAAUAUGAUGAAAAACUAGACAAAUUAGAUAAGGAAAAUUUGAAAAUCUAUUAUUCAAUUGUUAGAUACAACACGAUUUUCUGUUUGACUUUAUUUUUCUUUUCUGGAAUGUGCGGUGUGACUCUUGUUUUCUUUAAACUCGUCGUAUAUAAACACUCUUUAAAUCAAGCAACUUUAGGACUUAUAAACGAUACUGAAAUUCUGAAACCAUUACCAUAUUACAUAUGGCGGCCAAUUGAUUAUAAAGAGCAUUACUUCGCUGCAUUCAUAUUGGAUAUUGUGACGGCAUCUAUCGGUUGCACGUAUAAUACCUCCACACAAAUUGUUUAUUUAACUCUACUAACGUUUAUAAUUGGUCAACUGAAGAUUCUUCAAGUUAACUUCCGAAACUAUGGAUUUGUGUGUUCUCAGAAAAGUACCGAUAAAGAGAAAUUUUAUUAUCUACGAAAUCUGAUUAUCGAACAUCAAAGAAUUAUAUCAUUCGUUAAAGAAUUAGAUGAUAAUAUGAAAUAUUUAUUAUUCUUAGAAUUUACAAUAAAUCCAAUUCAAAUUACUUCGAGCUUAUAUGAAAUAUUAGUGUUUAAAUUAGACACCAUGCUGCCAUUUAGAAUAACUCUGCUUUUUUGUAUGAUGCUUCAAAUAUUUGUAUUAACAUGGCAUGCAAAUCAAAUUCAAAUUUACAGCAUGGGAGUAUCUCAAGCAGUAUACGACAGUGACUGGUAUGAUCUUCCACAAAGAAUUAAACAUCAUUUAUUAGUAAUCCUGAUGAGAGCGCAAAAGCCUUUAACACUUUCUGUAGGACCAUUCUUCGUUUUAACUAAUAGUGCAGCAGUCACUGUAAGUACCUAUUAUUAUUGUUUUUAUAUAAUUUUUAACAUAAUUAUCGUCCAAUAUCCCGAACCUGGGAAAAUGACGAAAGAACGCUUAAAUUGUAUUUUAAUGUUCAAUACACUUUCCACAUUAAAUUGGUUUAGGAUAGACAAUGUCUUUGUUACUUUAAAUAAAAUAAAUGUAUGUCUAAUAAGUAGCCUGAACAACUUAUAA